AACCUGAUGAAGCUCCACCCACCCGGUCUGUCACACACUGUACCAUGUGUUUCCACAUCACUACAACUUUAAGGAGAAGGACAUUCCUGCUCUUUUCUGCAGGAAAUCACAUGGAGGUGCCAUCGCUCUCACAUGACAUCUGAACUAUGGCAGGGGACAUCAAUGAAGGAUCCGUCCCUUCAUACUAUCGUGAAGUGCAUCAAGCCAUUUGCUCCAGAACUGAUGAACGAGUGCCCAUCAGUGUGUUCCUGAGAGUUCUCAGCAGAACAUCUCUCUCCAUCACCGUUCAAAACCAGAUAACCGAACAUGUAAACAAUGGUGAUGGAUUCCUAAGUAAAGUCUCGCUGUAUAAAGGCUUGGCUCUCAUUGCCCUUGCUCAACAAGGAAAACCACCAAGUCCCAAACUGCUGGAGAAUUUCAUACAAGAGUUCCCAAAGCCUCAGCUAGGAGAGCCGAAGGAGCUUCAGAGUCUGAAGAUGCAGUCGGUUCAGGAGAGUCCUCUGAUCUUGUCCCUGACUCUGGCAGAGCUGUUGAAGAAGGACACCAUCAAAGUUGAGCUCAUUCCUGAGAAGAAGGGACUGUUUCUUAAACAUGUGGAGUAUCAGGUCACCAGUGAGCGUUUUACAGUAUCAGUCUAUCGGCGAUACAGCGAUUUUGAUGUCUUCCAUGAGCUCCUGCUUCAGAGAUAUGCUUACAGAGCCGUGCCAGCGCUUCCUCCAAAAAGGGCACUGAAAGGAGUCCUGACCUCCAUGUCAGAGCGAGAGUUCAUUGAAGGGCGGAGACGAGCUCUGGGCAGGUUCCUAAAUCUUGUGGCUAGACACCCAGUCUUUUCCGAAGAUGAGCUUGUGAAAAUAUUCCUGACCUUCAGUGGUUCGGAUGUCCAACCUAAGCUUAGAGAUGCUUGCAGAAAAAUGGGGGAUGAGUUCAUGACCUGCAAAUAUGCAACUCAGGCCAAGGAUUACCUCCCAGCAGAUAUCCAAAGUCAAUUUUCGUCCAGCAGGGAGCUCAUCAGAAAUGUCCAUAGCAGUUUUCAGAAGUUACGAGACAGGGCAGAGAGGAUGGCCGAGCGCUCGAAGGAGAACGCCACAGAUCUGCUGAUGUUUGGGAAGGAGCUCAGUUCUUUGGGAUCAGAUGAGUCACCUGUGCCUCUCCUGGCAUCCUGCAAGAGUCCCUGGGCUGCUCUCAGACACUCUGUCAAAGGGCUUUCUGUUGAGUUCUCACUUCUGUCUGAAAAAGCUGCCCAACAGGGCAGAAGAGAGGAGGAUGAUGUGGUGGAAAAACUAAAUCUGUUUCUGGACUUGCUGCAGUCGUACAGGGACUUGUGUGAACGGCAUGAGAAAGGGGUCUUGCACGAACAUCAGCGAGCGCUGCAGAAGUACAGUGUCAUGAAGAGACAAAUGAUGAGCGCCACCGUGCAGCCUAAAGAACAGGUUUCUGUAGAGCAGCUGGAGUCCCGCAUCGUCCAGCAAGAAAACGCCAUUCAGGCCAUGGAGCUGCGCAACUACUUCUCCCUGUUCUGCCUGCACCAGGAGAGCCAGCUCAUAUUCACAUACCUGCCCAUUACGUCUCAUAUCCUGGGAGCAUUUGUAGACUCACAGGUGCAGGGACAUAAGGAGAUGGGUGAGGUGUGGCAAGAUCUUCAUUCCAAGCUCAAAAGUCUUUUUGGGGACGGUAACGGACGGUCUGCGCCUCUCAGCCCAAAAUAGCCUUCCUUCAGAAUCACAAGAAGAAAAUGAACUCAAGCCUGUUUUGAAUAGCAGGAUCUCUUCAGGAAUUAGAGACCUUACAAAGAAUUAUGGGAAACUGCAUCUGUCUAAAUGUUAAUGUGGCCGAUCUGAGGUAAAGACGGCCCUCGAUUACUUACAGUUUGAGCAAAUGGAUGCCUAAAAUGAAUGGCUAUUGUUGUUGAGAAUAAUUUUAGGAAGACACUGUAUUAAGGUUUUUAAUCUACAUGUAUGCAAAGAUGAUGUUGCUGUUUUGAAAUGUAAGCUAAUCUGAAAGGGAAGAAAUUUUACUUUGUACAAAACAUUGUAACACAUGAAAAAUGACCUAUACAAGAUGCUAUCUUAGGUGCAUUUUAAAGAAAUGAGCUGAGAAGCUAGUAGCCAGAGAGCUAGAGAUUGCAGUGUUCAGUUGAAUAUACAUAGAAAACACAGAAAAUAUGCAAAGAUUAGUUGCACUGUAUUAUUAUUAGUUUGUGGAUCCAACCGCCAGUCUGAUAUCUGUUGUCUAUUUUGUAAUCUUCAGGCUUGCACUCAAUGUGCUUCCAGCUUUGUUUAAUUUUCACAUUUCAGCAUUUUUAAGUAAUAUAUACACUACCAUUCAAAAGGGGGUUAGUAUUUUAUUCAUUUCGUUUAUUUAUUCAGCAAGGAUGCAUUAAAUCGAUCAAAAGCGACAGUAAAGACAUGAGAUUUCAAAUGUAUUUGAAACUUUAUCUCAAUCAAAGAAUCCUGGAAUAAAUAUAUCAUACAUUAAGCAGCGCGAUUGUUUUCAACACUGAUAAAAAUUCAGAUAUGCAAAGUUAUUUUAAAUUGAAAAUAAAAUAGAAAUGUUAUUUUAAAUAGUUUUUACUGUAUUUUGUUCAAGUAAAUGCAGCAUUGGUGAGCAUAAGAGACUUUCAAAAACAUUAGUUAGCGAUUCAAACUUGAACGGUAGUGUAUGUAAGUGAAAUAUUCUUUUAACUAGUUGUCUGACAGUUCUGUAAAAUGUAUUUUCUGUAACAGCCUGAGAGUCGAGAGGGUCUUGAAAUGAAGCUAUAUCUACAAUAAGCAUUAAAGUAUUAGUCAUUAUUAGCCGCUAA